AUGGUCGCCGUUUCUCAGCGCUUCCGAACCCACUCGGAUCACUCCAACGUUCAAGAACCACAAGCCUUGUCGAGUUAUGGAGCAAUUACUACGACGACAAAUGAUACUAUGAACCAUGAACAAUCAUCGUCGCUGGUCCUUGGAAAUAUUCAACAACAGGAAUUGGAGGUUCCGAAUCAGGAAGGCACUGUGGUAGAAAAACCAAAACGUUCAGGACAAGACCGAAUGAUAGCACUGGAUGUCAUGAGAGGAAUGACCAUCAUGCUCAUGAUUGUAGUGAAUAAUCAACCAUCAACAACGUUUUAUCCAUUGGAUCAUGCUGAGUGGUUUGGAAUGACUCCGACUGACCUUGUAUUUCCCUUCUUUUUAUGGGUCAGUGGAUAUGCUGCUGGAAUUGUGUUUAGAAAUGAGUGGAAGUCGGAUGAUAUUUCAUUCUUUCCAUGUUCAGAGUUUUGGAGAAACAUACAGAACUAUUUCCGAAAACUGUGUGGAAAAAUAGAUUAUGAAAAUUUAGAAGAAGGGCAACAAUGGAAUUUGUGA